CCCCUAUUUAUUUGUUUCUUCUCCGACUCUAGGGUUUACUCGGAGGGCACCAACAAUGGCGACGAUGGAGGGGAAUCAUCGCAAUUAGAUCGCGCGCGAUGGAGGAGGAAUCAUCGGAUCGCGGCGGGGAUACGACGAGGGAGGCGAAGGCAACGAGCCACAAGGGCAAAUCGUGCAAGGGUUGCCUCUACUACUCCUCUCUCCUCAAAUCGGAGUCGCGCGGGCCCAUGUGCUUCGGAAUCUCCCGCACUCACCCACAAGUUCCUAGCUACGUAGUGGGAGAAUCUGAUAUGCAAGCUGCGAAAGAUGGCCAUAGCCUAUCAGACUUCAAGUACGUCUGUGUUGGUUACUCAGUUUUCUUGGACAACAAAGACAGUCCUAGUGAGAAGCGAGAAAACCAAGCAGAAUUGCCUUCUUGUGUUGGAAUUAAGGUAUUAGUGGAUAGAAGACCCUCUACUGCCUCUCAUGCGCCAUCUUAUGUUCACAGGGAAGAUACUGGAGCACGUGCUCAACCGCGAGGAUACAAACCUGGACACUCUUCUGUUGAGGAGUUCUUGAGCAGGCUUUCUAGGAAUGCUGGUCUCGUGGCUUCAAGCGCGGCUCGAAACCUACAAAAGGUGGGCAACUACGUCAAAGAAAAUAUCGACGACAUAUUGUAUCCUUACCGCCGGCCACCCAAGUAAGCUCCUGCCCCCAUUCCUCAUGCUCAUCUAAAUUGAGGAGUAAACAAAGCAAGGGAUUAAUACUAUAAUGUGUAUUUUGAUUCAUUUACUUCCAUGUGAAUUUGUAACUCCUUUCCAAGGAUAGCUCCAUCCCAUCAAGUAGACAUGACAUGGUUCGGUAAAUUUUGCUUGUUAUGGUCUCAAUUGCUCUGAUACUAAAAAGAAAGAGCUUGUUGAACCUAAAAGAUGGAUCAAGUUAGUUUUACUGUCAAUAUUAAUGGUUCUCAAUUCACAUGGUGGAUUACAUUUUAUGCUUUAGAUGUGGCGUCUAUGCUCGUCUGAGCUUACCGUAAAAUUGUUGGCAUGAUUCUGAACGCUGUAUACUGUGUGUUCUGUUCAUCAAAAUCUGUAAAGAUACCAAUUAUGUGGUAUUCAUUGAAGGUUUUUUAUCGA